AUGGGAAAGCCCGUCGGUAAAUGUUUCUUUUAUUUUAACAUGGUCUUCGCAAAGCAAAUUGAGAAUAAAUAUCACAUUUCUCUCCCUUUGUCAAAAACCAACCUCUUCUUUCCUUCCUCUCCUCGUCCAAGCUUCGGAUCAGGUACAAUCCUUGGGGCUUCCAGUCACCCAUUAGUCAAAGAGUUCGCGGCAAAGAGACAACGAAAGCGCUUAAAAGUACCCAAUUUGUUUCUAAUAUGUUCUUUUCCUUUUGCCUUUUUUUCUAUCACGUUUCUUUCUUUUGUUUCUUGUUUCUUUCUUUUUAUCCUUCUUUUCUUUUUUCCUUCUUUUUUUUUGUUGCUUCUUUCUUUCAUUUUUUGCUUACAUGUUUCCUUCGUUAUUUUUCCUUCUUUUCUUUUGUUUCUUUUUUUAUUUCUUUUCUUCUUUCUUUCUUACUUCUUUCUUUUCUUUUUUUUUCUUUCUUUCUUUCCUUUCUUCUAUCUUUACUUUCUUUUUUUGUUUAUUCCAUUUCUUUUGUUAAUGUUUUCUUGUUUCUUUCUUUGUUUUCUUUCUUUUUUCGCCAUUACUUCUUUUGCUUUCAUAAUUUGUUUUCUUCCUUCGAAAAGAAACGAAAAGAGAAAAUUAUUUCUUUUCUUUUUCCUUCUUCUUUUGUUUCUUUCUUUCUGUUGCUUUCUUCGUUUUCUCUUUUUUUUGUUUCCCCUUUCUUUCCUUUUUUUUCUUUUCUUUUUUGUCCGCCAUUAUUUCUAUAAUUCCUUGUCCUCCUCCCGUGAUAUGUUUCCUGCUUUUUCUUCUCUUUUACUUAAUAUUAUUUCUUUCAUUUGA